AUGGAGUGGAUUGACAACCCAGCUCCUGAGAAGCAAGCCCUGUGGCUCUAUGGUCCCGCAGGUUCCGGAAAAUCAGCAAUCGGACACUCCAUUGCCAUGAUGUUACAAGAGCGUUCUGCUGAUUGCAGAUAUGGCUCGAGCUUUUUCUUUGCAAAGGGAGCUCCUGGACGCGGAGACGGGAACAAGCUAUUUUCUACCAUUGCUCACGAGCUUGCCAUCAAUUUCCCCGAUUACCGUGCCAUACUCGAUACCCCCGCCCACCACCCAGUGGUCAUCAUUGACGGCCUGGACGAGUGCUCUGGAGAGAAGCGUAUGCAGGUCGCAAUCUUGUCCACCAUUGCGAAUGCUAUUAUUCAGCAUCGCAUCCCACUGCGCUUCCUGAUUAUCAGUCGUCCAGAGUACUGGAUAGCCGAUGUGUUCGAGACCGGGUGUUUCAGCUCUAUCGUGAAACGCGUUUCUUUGCGAGACGACCUUGAAGCCGACGCUGGAAUAAAAACCUACCUACGCAGUGAAUUUAAUAGGAUAUAUGAAGAAAACAUCGAAAUAAUGCAUUCUGUCCCUCGGCCAUGGCCCGAGGACCACCUCAUCGACCGAUUCGUUAGGUCUGCCUCUGGACAAUUUGUUUAUGCAUCCACCGUCGUAAAAUUCAUUGGUGAUUCCCUUCACUGUGACCCCCUCGAACAGCUUCGAAUAUUGAUCAGACCUGGUCCUCAUGACGCUCUGGCAUUCUCCGAACUAGACCAGCUGUAUGCCUCCAUUUUGUCAUCGUAUCCACGAUGGGACACACUUAGACGUGUUCUGGGUGCCAUUUUGUGCACCCCUUACAGCAACUCGGAAAGUGUCAUGGAGCUCGUUUUUAAUGUUACUCCGUCGGAGCUGCGCCAAAUUUUGCGAUCCAUGCGAUCUUUGAUUUGCACAACAGAAUCCAAAUGUCCUCCACUUUUACAAAGACUGAUACCAACGUUUGGUACCCCGAGAUAUGAUACACCAUGGCUUUCGUUCCAUCACUUAUCGUUUGAAGAAUUUAUAAAAGAUUCUUCUAGAUCCGGGAAAUUUCUGGUCAACGAAUGGUCCACCUUGAUUCAUGCAUUUUGUGUUAUUAUACGGCACUUGAUAGAAUUGCUACACGUCAAUCCUGACAUUGAUGGAAUAAUUAAUCGCCUCGUGGAACUUCCAAGCUCAGACAUGGAUAUUAUUAUCCAAGAGCUCAAAUAUCUACACGAAGCACUUGAAGGGGUAUUAUCCGAAGCAGACAGAAAAAUACCUCGAUCAAAGCACACAUUGUGGCUCCUUUCAACGUUCCAGAGAUGUAUACUACGGGAUCAGAGUUGGAGGGAAUCGACACCAGCGCAAGGGUUAAAGCCUCUACUGGAUCUACUUCAAUCACUUCAACGUCCUGUCAUGUUGGCAUUGACCAUCUCAGCCCAGCAGGUUCUCGAGGCUACCUCUCUUGACGGGCCCAUUCUCGGGUAUCUUGUUAGGCAAAGCUGGCGGAGGGAUACAUCAUCUUUUGACAUCCUGGACAUAGGCGCAGAAAUGCAUAUUACGAAUGAUGCCAUUGUAUCAGAGCUCCAAGACAUGCACGGUAUUGUCAAUAUCUUCUGUUACAAAGAUCGGGGACACGUGGAAAUCAUUCUCGACGUAUUUGAAAAGGAGAUUGACAAAGUAUCGAGGACAUACCUACCUCCAGCCCUAGUAGCAGAGUGGGAAACUCCAGGUCUGGUUCGUGUGAUCGAACUUCUUAAUCAACUCUUCAACGGGACGGAAGCUACGCUGGAUUCCCCAUUGAACAAAGUGACCGGAACAAAUAGGCAUGUACUCGAGGAACACGACAGUAUGCUUAUUGUAAAAUUCGAAGCGGCUGCUAAAACCACAUUUUCCGCACUCAUAUCACUGUACAUCGAACACUCGUCGUACUUCCUUACUGCCAAAGAUUCUGGAAGGCAGUACAACCACCACAUUAUGGGUAUAUCUCCGACGCUCGACGGAAAAUACAUUCUUUCGGAGAAUAUAAGAACUGGAGGUGGUACCAGUGAGUUGUGGCUCACCUGGAUUCGUCUCUUCCACUCGGUGUUGGAGAUUAACCAAUUACUGGGUACCCGACACCCUUUUUUGCCCAUUGUUGCCUCGGAUUGGUAUCCCCAUCUUGCCACAUUUCUUCUCAAUGUACUUGUAUCAAAGCACUAUGGCAGCUUGGACCAAGGUGGUAGAGUAUACUGGAUGGACUUCCGAGAUAAACAUUUCUUAUCAUUGCUCCAAUGCAUGCCUUACGCAAUCCCAACACAAGAGAACCUAACGAAGAUUAGGUUACUUCACUAUAUCUGGCAUAAACUGGAUCGUAAAUAUAGAUGGAGACCUCCGUCUGGAUUCUGUGAUUUGGCUAUGCAAUUCUUGGGGAAAUACAACCACAAAUAUUUUUGUGGGAUGGAGUACGACCGGUUGAAAUCUUGGUUGGUGAAACUAAAGGCCACAGAGUCCCACAAAAUUCUUGAUGUUCCUCUUGAUUAUCCCUUUCAUUAUGAAGAGUACACGACAGAUGAGGAGGGGUAG